CUCAAACAACCAAAAGCAAAAAAACCUCAUUUACAUUAAAGAAAAAUGGCGUUUGCGAUACCGAUUGCGUUUCUUGUAACGCUACUACUAGUCUCGGUUCCAUCGUCUUCAUCCACCACCCUACAACAAGAUUUCAUGCAGUGCCUCGUCGACAACUCCGACGUCUCGUUCCCGAUAACGGCUUCGUUCUUCUCACCUGACCAAAACGCUACUUUGUUCAAAGAGGAGCUUGAAUCCACGGCACAGAAUCUCCGGUACUUGACUCCGUCGAACCCGAAGCCUGUCUUCAUAUUCGAGCCUUUGUACGAGACGCACGUCCAAGCAAUGGUCGUUUGUGCCAAGAAGCUUCAGGUUCAGCUGAGGGUACGUAGCGGUGGCCACGACUACGAAGGGCUCUCGUUCGUCGCCGGGGACGAGACGUCGUUUGUGGUCGUCGAUUUGUCGAAGCUUAGACAGGUCGACGUCGAUUUGGACAGUAACAGCGCGUGGGCUCACGCUGGUGCUACCAACGGAGAGGUUUAUUAUAGGAUCCAAGAAAAAAGCCAGACCCAUGGUUUCCCGGCGGGUUUAUGCUCAAGCCUUGGCAUGGGCGGUCACUUAGUCGGCGGAGCUUACGGUUCGAUGAUGCGCAAGUUCGGUCUCGGCGCUGACAAUGUCCUCGACGCCAGAAUCGUCGACGCCAACGGUAAGAUUCUUGACCGUGCUGCAAUGGGAGAAGACGUUUUCUGGGCGAUUCGCGGAGCUGGCGGCGGUAGUUUCGGCGUGAUACUCGCUUGGAAGAUCAAGCUCGUACCGGUUCCAGCCACCGUGACGGUAUUCACAGUAACGAAGACGCUUGAGCAAGACGGGACUAAUGUAUUGUACAAAUGGCAACAAGUCGCUGAUAAGCUUGACGAUGAUCUCUUCAUCCGCGUGAUUAUUUCUCCGGCGAGCAAAACCACCGGAUCGGCAGUUCGAACCAUCUCGAUGUCGUUCCAAGCUCAGUUUCUCGGCGACUCUAAACGUCUCUUGGAGAUAAUGCAGAAGGACUUCCCUGAGCUAGGACUAACCGGGAAGGACUGCACUGAGAUGAGCUGGAUCAAGUCAGUGAUGUACAUUGCGGGAUUCCCAAACAGUGCAGCACCAGAAGCUUUACUAGCGGGAAAAUCAUUGUUUAAGAAUCACUUCAAAGCCAAAUCAGACUUUGUGAAAGAGCCAAUUCCAGUAGAAGGCUUAGAAGGAUUAUGGAAGAGGUUUUUAGCAGAGGACUCGCCUUUGACGAUAUGGAACCCUUACGGAGGAAUGAUGUCGAGGAUCUCCGAGUCAGAGACACCUUUCCCUCACAGGGAAGGGACCUUGUUCAAGAUUCAGUGGCUAAGCACUUGGCAAGAUGGGGAAGCGAGUGAGGCCAAGCAUAUGAAGUGGAUUAGGGAAAUGUAUGAUUACAUGGAGCAGUAUGUGUCGAAGGACCCGAGACAGGCGUAUGUGAAUUACAGGGAUCUUGAUUUGGGGACUAAUAAGGAAGGGAGUGAUGUCAGAGAGUGGGGGGCUAAGUAUUACAAAGGGAACUUUGAGAGGUUGGUGAAGAUCAAGGGUGAGUUUGAUCCUGAUAAUUUCUUCAGGCAUGAACAGAGUGUUCCAACAAAGAUUGGUUGAUGUAUAUUGGACUUCGUUGUUGUUUUUAGUCAAUGGGUUUUAAAUUUAAAUAAAGAACAUCAGUUAAAAUAUAGAAAUCAUAUGGAUCUGGGUUUUGUCAUAGGAAACGCUCUAUACUUUGUAUUAUGUUUAGGCAUAAAACAAUCUUUACUUGUGGGUUCGUUUUGUUGAAAAGAUAAAUUAUAUUUUUCCUA